AUGUCUGCUCUGAGCGUCCCGCAGAGGACGGACGCACGCAGGUGCUUGCUGGCGGGUGCAGAAGCUGCAGCAUUCAGCUGCCCGCUAGUGAAUCGCGGUGCAAGAAGAGCCGUGCCGCCGUUCCGCGCCCCCCCAGCGGGGCUCCUGGUUAUCGGUGCUGGCCGCUCACCUCGUCUGGGCUGCGGUCCCAGCCUAUCCGGGCAGCGGGCGGCUGACGGCAGAGCCUCUUCCCCCGUGGUUCCUCCUCUCCUGCCCACCGACAGAAGCCAGAUGCCCGAAGCAGAGCAUUUGCAGGUCUUCCUGGGCGCAGGGCUGGCGCUGCUCUGCCUCAGCACCUUCCUGGGCUGCGCCGUGUGCUGGCAGCACCGCCGGCGCCUGGGCCCCCGCCUCGGUUGGCAGCGGCUGAUGGUGCAGCCGGGACCCCCUCCGCCCGCCGGGACGGUGCCGGUGCCCGUCCAGCGGCACGACGAGGAGGUGACAGCAGAAGCGCUGGGCGUCCGGCCGACGGGGGGUUCCCUGUCAUCAGCGUCACCCCACGGGGGCUUGGCCCACGGCAGAGCGUCCUUGCCCACCCUCCCCUCGCCGCCGCAGCCAGCGGGAGCGUGGCAGCGUCGCUGCACCAUCUCCGGAGCCCAGCCCCGCAGCGAGGAGAGCCCGCUGGCCCGCGCCGUCCCGGGACCCCUCGCCCCGCCGCCCUCCGGCCCCGACCCCGUGCAGCGGCCCCGGCUCCACUGCGACUUGUUCUACUCCCCGGCCAAGGCCACGCUCACCGUGAUGGUCCUCGGGGUCUCGCAGCUGCCCAGGGGGCUGCGGGGAGGCCGGUGCUCCCACGUCAGGGUGUCCCUGCUGCCGCAGGCGCCGGCGUCCCGGCCCGUGGCCGUGCGCCGCAGCAGCCUCCACACUGCCCGCCGGCAGCCGUGCCGCUUCUGCUGCAGCCCCGAGCGGCUGAGCAGCUGCACCCUGCGCUUCGCCCUCUACGCCAGGCUCAGCAGCCUCAGAGACUCCUUCGUGGGAGAGGUCCUCUUCCCCUGCGCUCAGGCCACCUGGGACCCCCGGGCACCUUCUAGCUACAGCUGGGAGCUAUCAAGCACCAAAACCAAGCUCAGAAAGAGUCUCAGCACCCGUGACACAGGCCACGGCACCCUCUUGCCCCAGCCCAAAUCCCUCGGCCAGCUCUUCCUGCUCCUGCAGCAUCAAGCCCAGGCUGGGCGCAUCAAGGUGCUGGUCUGCAAGGCGGAGAACCUGGGCCAGCUCUCGCGCAUGCCAGGCACACCAGGCCACUAUGUCAUCAUCCACCUUUACCACAAUGGCCACAUCAUUGACACCAAGGAGACCAAGUCCAUCAUGGGCUACAACCCCAUCUGGAACAUGCCCUUCCUCUUCAGCCUCCCCGGUGGGGACAUCCAGCAGCAAGACCUGUCCUUGGAGUUCACCAUCAUGCAGGCUCACAUCUACGGCCGCAGCUCUCUACUGGGCCGCGUGCAGGUGGGCCCCCGCACCCCCGGUGCCGGGAGGCUGCACUGGAGGGACAUGUGCAGCUGGGGACAGCUGGAGUCGGCGCGGUGGCACCACAUUCAGCCCAACGUCCUCGGCCCCUGA